UAAAGUUCCUUUCCCUAAUAGCUAACGUACACUGACUCUAGCUAAAGGAAAGAAAAAAUCGAUCAGCGAAGUCCAGAACAACUGCCAGGACUUGGCCGCACAGAGCUGGGCCUCGACCCACCCACACUCAGGGGUUUACAGAACAGCUACGGAACUCCAUCAGACAUCUGCAAGGAGAUCCUCCAGACGUGGAGAGAGAGAGGUGUUCAGGUCACCUGGGAGAGGCUACAGGGUUUGCACGAUAUCCAACUUGGACGGAUUGAGAAAGGCCUCAGAGAGGCACUCUCACACUUUCCCGAAAUAAACAAUGCUGAAUAACUUUUUUUAUGUGUAUAAAAUAUUACACGUUACAACGGUGUGCCCCAGAAAGGGGCGGGGUAAGGCGACGUUCCGACGGGGGCAUGGAAGAUCUGCCUUCUCUUGAAGUGGUGUUGGAGUGUAUUCCGGCCGCCAAUCGUCGCCUCCUAGACGAAAAGCCUAACAGAAAGAGCCGAGCUAUAAUCGCUAAAAGCAUCCGGAACUGGAAGACUCUUGCUCAGUACCUCCCCAACAUAGAAACCGACAUAGAAGCCAUCGAAUACAACAAUCCGCAUAACCUAAACCUGCAGAGGAUUGAUCUGUUGGAAAAGUGGCUGGAGAGAAACGGACCCUUGGCCACCUAUCGCAAGCUGGCAAAGUGUCUGUAUGAGGCAGGAGCCAUAGGGACACUGCAGGUGCUGUGCAAGGAGCUGGGUAGAAACUUACUAGCCGCUGCAGCUUCGAAUGUUGCUCCAAAUUCACCCCCAUCCACACAUCAAUCUUUGAAUCCACAUUACGCAGGAGUGCAAGAUAUGGAACCUACCUCUACACUGUCUGAGACUAAGGAGACUGCAGCCAACACUGUCGUGGUUGGUUAUGAUGAGAGAGAGUUAAAUCCAUCUCAUCAAUUGUCGAGUCCUGUCACCGAGAGUCAACGAGUUACAAACCUGGAGAGAGAGAUAAAGGGCCUACAUCGGAGGUUCAAUUCCAUCAAAGAGUUGACAAUCAAUUGCCUUGAGAAAUGUCGCAUAACUGUAAUGACUGUUGUCUACCUCCUCACCUCUAUUCUGGGAGUGGGCGAGCACAAAAAGUUUCUCGAAGACAAGCACAAAGUCCUCCGAAAGUCAGAAGACCACUUGGAGCUGUUUGGAGAGUUGAACUUGUACUGGAACUACCUCUCAUUUGAUCUACUGGAUGAACUCAUUGACGAACUGAUCGAAAAGAAUAGUGAAUUUAAGGAGAUAAAGAAAGAAAUGGAGAAAUACAAGGAAGAGAUGAAGAGGUUCAGGAAGUCCACAACAUUGGUGCUGUUCUGUCAGGCAAUCAAUCCUCACGUAGGGGCUGUUCUUCCCCCAGGAUUUCAAAAGAUGGUGACUAAACACCAGUGGCCUGAGACUGUCACGCUCAAAGAUGUUGAAGAGUUUCGUAAAAGCUUCUUGCUUGAGCUUCAACUACCCAAAUGUGCACUGAUGGUUUACAAGAUACAAAGAAAGUGCUUCGAAGUCACUUGGUUUGUAGCCCUACCUGCCCAGUUACUGGUGGAGAGCGGAGAAAUGAUCAAGGUGUUCAUAGAGUUCAAAGUCGUUUCAGUGAAGAUUGAUGGAGAAUGUGUGUACCAAGCACAAACUCAGCCACUGCAACCUCUUUCUCUUCCGGGAAGUGGGAGCAUAGUUACCGAUGUCUCACCUGAAACACACCAGGAACAAGACUAUGAAUCUUCUCUAAGUGACUUUUCUGCUGCAUCACUUUCAGGUUUUGUGGAUAGUGAAAGGUUGCGUAUCAUGGCGUUGUACAGUGGUGAUAAAGUAGUAGAAAUAUUAUCUACAUUUAUUGACACAUUUUUUGAGGGCGUUCAAAGAGCUACUUAACUAUGGAGAAAAAGCUAUUAAUGGACUACAGCGCUUAUUGGACUCUAUCGAUUCCAAAGUAGAAGGAAAAAAGGCCGACGAAGGAAUUGAAGGUCUCAAGGAAAAAUUAAGAGAGGUUUUAUCAAAAGCAGAAGAAUACAGAAAUGCCUGUUUUAAGGCAGCCAGAAGGGGCUCUCGCAGACAAGAGAUUGAUGGGAUAAAAGAGGCACUCAAGCAAGGUGAUCUAGAUCCAUUAUUUCACAUAUGAAACUAGGAAGAAAUCAGCAAAGAUAGGGGGAAUUGUUGCCGGCGGUGCAGCAGGUGUUGGUGUUGUUGGAGGUCUUGCUGCACUUGUAGGUGGAGCAAUCCUUAGUCCAUUUUUUCCACCAGCUGGGUUGCUUAUUGCUGGAGCUGGUAGUGCAGUCGCUGCUGUCGGUGGCAUCGGUGGUGGUGCCACCACUAUUUCUGCAAUUGUUGUUAGAGAAAUUGUUAAAGAUUCCCUUGGGGAAGUAGAAUCACUGGGCAAUCAUUUGGAAAGUGUCAAGCGUAGAGUUGACAGGAUUAACACAACCAUGAAAAAAUGCGAAGACAAAAUUGAAGCUACAAACAGAAGUGGGGAGCGUGUACAAGGAAGGAAAAGAGUGUCCCGUGCAGUUUGUAGAAAUAUCCAGAUGUCACUUGACACUAUGUGCACUAAAUUUGAAAAUCUAAUUAAGACUUUGAUUUAAGAUACGGCCUUAGGGCCAUAUAUUAAUAAGACUGUAUUCUCUUGCAUAAUGAGAGAAAGCAUUUUAAUCUUGUAGCUGUGUUGAAUUAAACGCACCGGCAAACAGCCGCUGGAGCGAGUGGUCCGAACGGCGCGUCACCGUACAUAAAAUAUGAGAAAAUGGAAGUGUGGUGAAAUGGAAGUCGACAGGCCUAACAUUGGUACAUGUAGUUAGCUAUAGUCUGACGGUGUUUUUAAAAAUGUUACGAUGUUA